AUAAUUUAUAUACGAAGUCUUUCCGGAUUUCUCCUACACAAUUUAGCAGCUAGACGGAAGACCCAAAUGCUUAUGGGAUGACACAAUACGAGGAAUAAGGAGGUGACAUUUAUAACAUUAUUUUGGUCUUUUGACCCUUUCCUUUUUUGAAUUGAAAACGGCUUCUUGCUUUCAUUUGUCAAAAGCUUAUUGCUUUCAUUUGUCAAAAGCCAGCUGGUAAUCGUGCUCUCCACGUUGUUCCUUUCUUUCUCCAGUUCUUCACACAGUCAUCUCAUUCUUUCUUUCCCCAAUAUCUUCAAUUUUAGUCUCUAUCAAAGUAUGGUAAGAAUUACUCAGCAGAAAUAGUAUCAUUACUCAGUUUUGCUGGUGUAGAAUCUGCAUAAAAGAAUCUGGAUGGCAGCUAAAGUUUGAAACUUUGUGAUGUUAUAUAGCUGAACUGUAGUAGCCUUUAUCUGUAUUUCUGAAUCGAUAUCUCCGGCUAAAGCUUGUGGCAUUGUACAAUCAAAUGUUUGACCUCAAAGUGCCAAAAUAAAGGGGGUUGUUGGUGUAAUGUGGGUUGUAACCAUUUCCUUCGCCAUGCUCUUAAAAUGCUGAAUUCUUAAUCUGCAGGAUCAUAGAAAGCAACUUGAGUAAUGGGUUACUAAGAAUCAGCUGCUUGAAAUGGAUCCAGCGUUUCAGGGAGCAGGAGUCAGACCUGGUUUGGAUAUUUGGGGAGUAGAGAAUCUCCAAUUAGUCCGGAUCCCUAUAUCCUUGCACGGGAAGUUCUACUCCGGAAGUGCUUAUCUACUUUUACAUACAUUGUUGCUCAAGAGUAGAACAUUUCAGCAUGAUAUACACUAUUGGCUUGGAAGUAAUGCGAAACAGGAAGAUGCAAACUUGGUUUCAGACAAAGCUCUUGAACUGGAUGCAUCACUCGGGUCAUAUGCUGUACAAUAUAGAGAAGUUCAAGGAGAAGAAACUGAGAAGUUCUUGUCAUACUUUAAGCCUUGUGUUAUCCCAAUUGAAGGUGUAUUUUCGUCUGGUCCGGCUAAUGAAAGCAGUGAGGAAUACACAAUCAGCAUGUUAACAUGCAAAGGAGACCGUGUUGUUCAUGUCAGAGAAGUUGCAUUUUCACGAUCAUCCUUGAACCAUGAUGAUGUAUUUAUACUUGAUACGGCAUCAAAGAUUUACAUUUUCAGUGGAUGUAACUCGAGCAUUCAGGAAAGAGCAAAAGCUUUGGAGGUUGUUCAAUAUAUUAGAGAUAACAAGCAUAACGGAAGAUGUGACAUUGCAACUAUAGAUGAUGGAAAAUUUGUUAGUGAUCCUGAUGUUGGUGAAUUCUGGAGCUUAUUUGGUGGUUAUGCCCCCAUUCCUAAGGGCUUGCCCUCUAACAUUGAAGCAGCAGCAGCUGAUAAUGCAGUGCUGAAACUCUAUUGGAUAAACACACAAGGAAAGCUUUCUGAGGUUGGAAGUGGUGAUACUCUAAACAAAGAGAUGCUUGAUUCUAAUAGGUGCUACAUGCUUGACUGUGAUUGUGAACUUUUUCUUUGGGUGGGAAGAUUCACGACAGUUACGGAGCGGAAGAAUUCUAUUUCUUCGGCAGAAGAUAUCCUCCGGUCUCAGGGCAGAUCAGCUGGGACCCAUUUAACAUUCUUAACCGAGGGAACAGAAACUGCCGUGUUCAUGUCAUACUUUAGAGAUUGGCCUCAAUCUGUAGAACCAAAGUUAUAUGAAGAAGGCCGAGGAAAAGUAGCUGCAAUAUUUAAGCACCAGGGUUAUAGUGUGAAGGAGCUUCCCGAAGAAGAAGAUGAAGAUCAAGUCAUGGAUUUGAGUGGCAAAGUAAAGGUUUGGCGGAUAAGUUGUGAUGAUGAUAGAACUUUUAUUCCUUCCACGGAGCAUUCGAAACUAUACAGUGGGGAUUGCUAUGUCAUCCAGUAUACUUUUAUGAAUAAUAAUGAAAGGGAGGAGAACUUGUUCUAUACUUGGAUCGGUCUUCAAAGUGUUGUGGACGACAGGGCUGAUGCAAUCUCCUAUAUGAUUGAACUCACUGAAUCCACAAAGGGUAAUACAGUUAUGGGUCAAAUAUAUGAGGGCAAUGAACCAAAUCUCUUUUUGUUAAUUUUCAAGAGCUUGGUUGUUUUCAAGGGAGGUAAGAGUACAAGAUAUAAAAAGUCCCUUGGUGAUAAAGGUGUUGGCGACAAUACUCUUGGUGAGAGUAAGGUGGCGUUGUUCCGAAUCCAAGGAACUAGUCCAUGUAACAUGCAAGCCAUUCAAGUUGAUCAUGUUCCAAGUUCUCUCAAUUCAUUCUAUUGCUACAUCUUGAAGACUAACACAUCUACAUUUACUUGGGUCGGAAAUAUUUCAUCUUCAAGAGACCACGAUCUUCUUGACAGAAUGUUAGAAAUGAUAAAUCCGAUAUGGCAGCCAGUCAUGGUGAGGGAAGGUAGUGAACCUUAUGCUUUCUGGAAUGCAUUGGGAGGUAUGUCAGAGUACUCUUCAGAAAAGGAAAUAAAGGCAUUUAAGGAGGAUCCGCAGUUGUUUGUAUGCAUCUUUACUAAAGACGAUUUCAAGUGCAAUCAAGAUUUGGGGAAAUGCAUUUGUCUUAAAUAAUUGAGCAUCCAGUAACCGAAUAGGUAAUUGCAGUAAGAUAUUCUAAACGACUAAGCCAUCCUCUCAUUUACAUUUGUGACGAAAAUCACAAAAUUAAUAUGCAUUUAUAAACUAUACUUUUUUCCUUAGCGAGGAUGAUUAAGAUUCAGAGAGUGUCAUAUUAUCAAUUGCAUAUUUGAUUAAAAUCAUCAUUGAACUUGUAAGCCUUGUAAUAUAGCAUCAUGGAAACUUAUUUAGAGGACUACCUUGAACUAUUUUUUUUCUCUUAAAGUGUAGAAAUAGUCAAGGAUUUGUCAGAUCGUGGAGUAAAUUAUUGUUCACAGGAGUCAUAUGCCUCUAGUGGAAUUAUAAAUGUUGAUGGAUAUAUUUUACUAAAAUACAACCUAUGGGAGCCGUUAGGGAAAUUUUGUUGUUUUUAAAGCAUAAUAUAUAAAUGUCGAUGGAUAUAUUUUACUAAAAUACAGCAUUACAGCCUAUGGGAGCCGCUAGGGAAACUUUGUGGUUUUUAUAGCAUAAUAAUUUUUAUUAUCCAAAAUUGCAAAUAAUAAGUUUAUAUAAGCAAUCUCAGACAGGCUUUUGUCUGGCCUCAAUAUUGCAGGUCAAAGAGAUAUUUAAUUUCUCCCAGGAUGAUCUCACUACUGAAGAUGUCUUGGUACUAAAUUGUCAUAGUGAAAUCCAUUUUUGGAUAGGGCGCAAUUCAAGUAUCAAGUCAAAGCAGGAAGCUAUUGAUUUUUUCCAGAAGUUUCAUGGUAAGGAGACUCCCAUUGGAAAGCUUUCUCCCUACAUUCCUGUCUAUAUUGUAACGGAAGGUUGUGAACCGCCAUUCUUCACUCAAUAUUUCGAAUGGGAUUUCUCCAAGGCAAACAUGCUUGGCAACUCAUUUGAGCGGAAGCUUGCUAUUUUGAAGGGAAAACAUCAAAUACUGGAAGCUCCAUCCAGGAGUUCAUGGAGAGCAUAUUCAGUGGAAGCUACCCCAAACACUUCAAGAAGUAGGUCUGUUGGUGCUGCUCAUGGGUACAGAAGAAGAAGUUCAUCCCCUGCUCCUUCGGCUUUUUCUGGCAGCUCUUCAAUAAAAUCUGUACACACUAACCGUUUUUCUAGCCCACCACCGACUUCUGCUACCAGAAAGCUUUUUGUAGGAUCUUCAGAUCGUCAUCAUACUAAUGGUUUAUCCAUGUCUACGGGUAAGGCCACUCCGCAAAUCAGUCAGAGUGAGGCCAAUAAAAACUUGCCAAAAUAUCUAAAUGAACAACUGAAAAUAGGGUCAAAAAAUCCGGUGACGAGUCCGCAAAUCAGUCAGAGUGAGGCUGAUGCAAACUUGCCAAAAUAUCCAUAUGAACAACUGACAAUAGGGUCGAAAAAUCCGGUGGCGGGCAUAGACAUUACCAGACGGCAGGCAUACUUAUCGGACGAGGAGUUCCAUGAGAAAUUUGGAAUGACAAGAAGUAUCUUUUAUGGCCUUCCAAAAUGGAGACAGAACAAGCUGAAGAUGACUCUCGAUCUCUUUUGAGAAAGCUUGUGAGAAUCCUACAGAGCAAUCAUGGAAGCACAUGGAGGAUCUGCUUCAGUAUACAGCAAGUUAAGCUGUCAGUUAGGAGGCAUGGAAAUUAGUGUGUGUUUCCCUUCGGGAAACUACGAAAACUUUUUAGCAACUCUUCAAACAUUUGUUUUGCACGUUUCCGUGCAACGUGCGACAUAGCUAACAAUGUGAUCAACAUUUGUGUGCAGAUUUGUCGGUUUGUUUGUUUGUUUGUUUGUGUGCAAUUUUUCAUUGCUGGUCCACUUUUUUAUUUUAUUUUAUUUAUUAUUACAGGAUUAUAGGACACAAAUUCCUUUUGCGUGAAUAUAUAUUGA